AUUGCAAAACGAGGUAGAAUAGCUGCAGUACUGUUUCCAAGACAGGUGAAAGAAAAUAUCGACCUCCUCAUACGCAGCAAAAAUUCUCUAACAAACUGUUUCAAUAGUAAAUAUAUUUUCCCAACAAAAUCUGCAUCAUCGCAUAUUCGUGGGACAGAUGUAUUACGUUCGAUUACAAUUGACUGUGGAGCUGAACAUCCGGAAAGGCUUCGUUCUACAAAGUUAAGGAAACAUAUUGCCACAAUGACUCAGCUUUUUAACUUGUCUGACAAUGAAUUAGACAUUCUAGCUAAAUUUCUUGGUCACGACAUUCGGGUACAUAGAGAAUUCUACAGAUUACCAGAUGGAACCAUGCAGGUUGCCAAAGUCAGCAAGCUGCUCAUGAUGAUGGAAAGUGGACAAAUUACCAGAAAUUCUGUCAAUUCGCUAGACGAUAUUAAUGUUGACGACGAAUGUAUUGAAGAUGAACAAUAUUCUUCUGAAUCAUCAGAAAAUGAAAAUACUGAAGACCUUGAAACUCUGCUUCCCAGCACCAGUCAACCAAAAAUAACAGACAAAGAAAAGAGUACUUCAAAUACCAGGAGAACAAAACAAGCAGCCAAAAAGAAAUGGAGUGAAAACGAAAAAGGAGCUGUUCACAGACACUUAGAUCGUUUUUUUAUUAUGGUUAAAUUACCAGGGAAAAAAGAAAUACUUGCAUGUAUUGAAAGUGAGAAUGACCUUCACAACAGAAGUUGGAAAAUGUAAAAAAAGACUUUUGCAGAAAUUUAAUUGAAACAAAAAAGCGACGGGUACUUUUAACUUAAAAAAAUAUUACACAUAUAAUGCAAUUAGGAGAAUACGUUAAAGGAUGAAGUUGCCACAUGUGUUUUGUGAGUUUUCUUGUUCUAUAUACUCUUUUCGAAAACGAUAUAUGUGUGCUUAUUGUAUUUGAAUGUUUUAUUAAUACGGUUCAGUCAAAAACGAUAUUUGUUCAUAAUCAUAUCGCCGAACAAAUUAGGAUUGGUAUAUAGUUCGGCCAAAGAGUGUUUCUUUGUACUUUCUAUUACGAGUUUCUACGAGUUACUCACUAUACAAGUAAUUUUUACCCCAAACUUGGUGGAUAUGAAUGAAUAUAGCAAACAUGAUAACAAAUCAAUCUAGAAGGCUAAACGUUCAGAGAAGGCACAAAAAAAUUCAGUCGGAUAAAUGGAAACAAACAUUUUGUUCAAACAUAACAAACAAACACUUUUAGAUGUAAUAAGAUAAAUGUAAAUAACAUAAAAAAACUAUUGCUAAACUACUGCUACAAUGUGAAGAAUACAAAUGAAUAUUUUGUCAAUUUUACAAAAUUUGUUUUGAAUGACAGGUGUCUGACUUGCAGUUGAAUACUUAAUCGUUAUUUUAAAGUAAAAAAUUACCAAUAUGUAAAUUAUUGCGUAAAUAUCGCACUAGAAUUGAUUAAAUAAUUGUUAAAUAUAACAAUAAUUUCCUACACAGACUUUUGUGCAUUUGUUUUGCGCGUAGAUAUUCACAUUUACUAUCAAUUCACAUAUUUGCUUUGUGUAUAUAAUUGGUAUGUUUAUAUGUUUUUAUGUCCCCCACUAUAGUAGUGGGGGACAUAUUGUUUUUGCCCUGUCUGUCUGUUGGUCUGUUGGUCCGUUGGUCUGUUGGUCUGUUGGUCUGUUUGCGCCAACUUUAACAUUUUGCAAUAACUUUUGCUAUGUUGAAGAUAGCAACUUCAUAUUUGGCAUGCAUAUGUAUCUCAUGAAGCUGCACAUUUUGAGUGGUGAAAGGUCAAGGUCAAGGUCAUCCUUCAAGGUCAGGAUCAAAUAUAUGUGGCCAAAAUCGCUCAUUUUAUGAAUACUUUUGCAAUAUUGAAGAUAGCAACUUGAUAUUUGGCAUGCAUGUGUAUCUCAUAGAGCUGCACAUUUUGAGUGGUGAAAGGUCAAGGUCAUCCUUCAAGGUCAGAGGUCAAAUAUAUGUGGCCCAAAUCGCUUAUUUUAUAAACACUUUAGCAAUAUUGAAGAUAGCAACUUGAUAUUUGGCAUGCAUGUGCAUCUCAUGGAGCUGCACAUUUGGAGUGGUGAAAGGUCAAGGUCAAGGUCAUCCUUCAAGGUCAGAGGUCAAAUAUAUGUGGCCCAAAUCUCUUAUUUUAUGAAUUCUUUUGCAAUAUUGAAGAUAGCAACUUGAUAUUUGGCAUGCAUGUGUAUCUCAUGGAGCUGCACAUUUUGAGUGGUGAAAGGUCAAGGUCAUCCUUCACAAGGUCAAGGUUAUCCUUCAAGGUCAAACAUCAUAUAGGGGGACAUUGUGUUUCACAAACGCAUCUUGUUCAUAUCAAAAUUGCUUGAUCUACAAAAAUUCGCGAGUAGUUAUGCAUUUUUUUCCAUGUUUUUAUUUGAAGUUUUUAAUUCAACGACGAUGAAAAUUACUAAGAUGCCAGAUUUAGUUAUGUUUUUGUCUCAUUUAUGGUUAAAGAUCAAUUAACAUACCAUUUCCUAGACUAAGAUAUUGUUAAAACAAUGUAUCGCGUUUGCGACUGACCUCUUUUAUGCAUUCUAACAUAAGCUAUUUACUUGUUUUUUCGAAUACUCUGCAUAUACACACACUUGAACAAGCUGUAGAUUACCUAGAACAAAACAUAUUUGAAACAUAUAUUUAUAUGUGAUAUGUAAAUGCAUGUACAAAGCUAAUAAUUAAUCAUGUUAUACACUUUGCGAUAUUAUGCUAUAAUGUCGGUUGUUUAAAGUGAUUAAUCAUUAUGUUAACCAUGUUAUCUGCCAUCUGGAAUGUAAUUAAGUGUUUUGACAUGUAUGCGAAAUUGAUCUUGUUCGUCUGGUGCGGUAUAUUCAGAAUUGAGUCACACUGUUAUAAUUUUCCUGUUGGUACAUAUUAUUUUUAAGUUGGCACCAACAAGGGUCUAACAAUUGAUCCACAUGUGCACUCCCCAGUAAGUAUAUAUACUAUAAUGUAAGUGAUUUAAAAUAAUAUUAAACUAAGUGUUUGGUAAGUGUUUGCUUUGGUACAUAUUUAAUUAUUAGCGUUUUUAUAUAAUGAUAAUGCUGUCAAAGUCAGCGGUGAUUAUACGUGUAUAACAACAUUAAUUAUAACUUUUAAAUUGUUUUCAACAAAUAAUAUAUGGUUGACACAUCGGCAUAAAUUUUCAGUGCUUAAAAUACACUCUUUCUAUUAUAUUUUAUGCAAAAAUUCGGUACAUAAUUUGGUUUACAUAAAGGUAGUUUGAACAAAAUACGCGAAUUCAAAUCUUGAAAAAAGGUGUUUGGUAUAAAUGCACGGGAAAACUAAGCGAUCGCCAGUGACUAUUUUCCUUAAAAUAUAAUCUGUUAUUUCGACAGGAAGAAUUAAAUGUAAGUUCAUUAUUAACGUUAACCCGUUUUUGGCAUUCUCUACUCAAACAAGUGCAUACAUACUGUAUUUUUUAAUACAGCACAUGUGUAAUGGUAUCACAGUUGUAGAAUUGGAAUUCAUAAAAUAUAACAAUAAAUACUUAUCAUUAUUCAGAUUGACCUACCGCCGUAGACUAAGUCACUGGCGCAUCAAAAUGCAUUGUUAUCAAGUCGUUUUGCUAGUUUACUAAACUAUUUUGUUUCUCAGGCCUCGCCACAUUCGUUGUGAAACGUUCAUGAUUGUUUAAAGUUACAGAUUUUAUUAUUUUUGAAAAUUCAAUAAAUGUAUUUAAGACAAUUUAAGUGAAGUGGAAGUUGCCAUGCGUGUGAAUGAAUUUUCUGAUGUUUACCUGUUUCAGGGGAUUAAAUGCAUGAGUUAUUUUAUAAUGUCAGAAUAAGGACAAAGUAAAUUUACACUUCUCAAUCAAAAUGCAUAUGGGCAGUUCUACUUUUAGGAUAAAAAACUUCAUAGUACGUUAAAAUCGUGAAUAUUUUUUUCUGAUGGAAAAAAGGAAUUAAAAAAAUAAGCCGCCUCGCCUCUCCUUCAUUCGCUUUGACAAAUAGCGUGGCCUGAAAAAAAAAACAUGAUUUUUUAGUUUUAAGAACAAAUUGUAUUCAUUUGUUGAUUAAUUGCACCAUGAUUGUUAUGGUAUAAUGCAGCACAUGUAUGCUUGUAGUCGGCUUAUAGCUAAUAAAGUCAUAAAUGUAUUGUUUGAUUUGCGUUAUGUCUCUUAUGCUUAUUUUUAUGUGAAUAAUAUUUGAGUCAAUCAAAUGAGGCAUUUUUGUAGAACUUAUA